AUGGAAGUUGAGUCUAAAGUUUCUUUGCAUGUAGAGCGAGUUCUUUCACAAGUUAGAGUAAUAUGUCGAAAAAUCCGUUCUCCUCAUCCAUUAGGUGUUUUUUAUGGAGACAACCCUUUGGAUUACUCCUUCAGCCUUGUCUUAUUUCAGAUUAUAUUGGUUGUCUUAAUUUCUCGAUUUGUUCGUUUUCUUCUCAAGCCUCUGAAGCAGCCCAGAAUUAUUUCUGACAUCAUUGGUGGUAUAAUCAUUGGACCCUCCAUUCUAGGACAAAUCCCAUCUUUUAUUCGCACAGUAUUCCCAGAAAAUUCUAUAUUUUUGGUGCAAAAUGUUGGCAUUAUGGGUUUUAUGUACUUCCUUUUCUUGGCUGGAGUUAAAAUGGAUCUCACCUUAAUUCGAAAAUCAGGAAAGAAACAUGUGUACACUGCCUUGGUGGGAGUAGUAGUUCCUUGUAUAUUAGUGGCUGUAGUUGGGGUUAUUGUUCGAUCAUCCCUGGAUAAAGAGCUUGCAAGAGUCUCUGGGAUUGGAGCAGUUGCUACAGAUUUGGCUUUUACAUCAUUUCCUGUGAUUUACCUUGUUCUUAAAGAACUAAACUUGCUUAGCUCAGAGGUGGGACGAACGGCAUUAGCUGUAGCAGUAAUAGGUGAUUCACUUGGUAUUGUUGUUAUUAUUGCUUUCGAGGCUUUGAAACAAGGUGAAGUUACUAUUGAGUGUGCAAUGUGGUAUUUCGUUUCAACAAUUAUUUUAGGUGCAUUUUUUGUUCUUCCUACUCGACGGGUAAUGGUUUGGAUUGUUAAGAACACCCCAAAAGGGAAACCUACUGAACAAGCCUUUGUGAUUCUCAUCUUGUUAGGGGUACUUGUGAUGGGAUUCUUCACUGACAUGUUUGGCCUAGCUAUUGCUAAUGGCUCAUUAUGGUUUGGAUUGGUGGUGCCUGAUGGUCCUCCUUUAGGAGCUACUAUUGUGGAGAGAAGUGAGACGAUAGUUAUGGAAAUUUUGAUGCCUUUUUCAUUUGCCUUCACAGGUCUAUGCACCAAUGUGUUUGCUAUGGCCAGUUAUGGUUGGUCGGCAUUAGCACCACUUUUUUUUAUGUUUAUAACGGGAUAUAUCUCAAAAAUUUGUUCGACUUUUGCGUCUGCUCUCUACUUCCAUAUGCCUCUGAAAGAUAGUCUUGCUCUUAGUCUCAUUUUGAACUUGAGAGGCCAACUUGAUAUUUUGAUAUAUAUCCAUUGGAUCGACAAACGGAUCAUUGGAAUCCCAAUAUUCACAAUGUUGGUGCUAUUAACAACUCUAGUGACUGGCAUUUGUACUCCUUUGAUUGGCUUACUCUAUAAUCCAACAAGGCCAUACAUGAUAAACAGAAGAAGAACCAUUCAACACAGCCCUCCAGGCAAAGAGCUUCGUAUAGUAGUUUGCAUCUGUAAUGAAGAAAAUGUAUCUGGUAUCAUUGAUCUCCUUGAGGUUUCAUAUCCAACUUAUGAUAAUCCUUUCAGAAUCUUUGCUAUCCAUCUAAUGGAGCUUGUAGGCCGUUCAACUCCAAUGUUCAUAGAACAUGAAGAAUUAGACCAGAGUUUGAAGCAUACAGAACAUGAAACUACGUUCAAUGCCCUCAAAAUGUAUCAAGAAGCGAGGCAAGAUUAUGUAAAGCUCCACUUCUACACAGCUUUAGCAAUAAAAAGGACAAUGUACCAAGACAUCUGCGAGUUAGCAUUGUCUAAUAAAGCUUCACUUAUCAUUUUGCCGUUUGAAAAGGGAAGGCUGGACGCUCUUCCAGGGACUGAAAUUGUACGUCAUGGACAUACAAACAAGUCCUUAAGUUCAAAUGUUGUAGCUCAUGCACCAUGCUCCGUUGGGAUUCUUAUUGAUAAGAGUCACAUUCGUAACCCAUUUAUGAUCUACCCAUUUCGUCAAUCAACAUACCACAACUAUAUUAUGUUAUUUUUAGGCGGAGCAGAUGCUCGAGAGGCACUUUCUUAUGCAGAUAGAAUGGUUAUGAAUCCUGAGGUGUCUCUUAUAGUAGUAAGGUUCCUUGCAUAUAACAACGAAGGAGAUGAUGAAAUAGAAAAGAAGCUUGAUGAUGGGAUAGUGACAUCAUUUUGGGUAAAAAAUGAAAUGAAUGAAAGAGUGGUUUAUAGAGAGAUUGUUGUGAGGAAUGGAGAAGAAACAUUGGCCGCAAUCCAAGCUUUCAAUACUAGUGCUAAUGACCUUUGGAUUGUAGGAAGAAAGCAAGGGAUAAAUCCUGUGAUGCUUCAAGGAUUGUCAAGUUGGAGUGAAAAUCAAGAACUGGGAAUCAUAGGAGAUUAUGUUUCAUCUGUUGAUUUUGGUAGUGAAGCUUCUGUGUUAGUAAUACAUCAACAAGUUAUGAGAGUCCAAGGGAUAUCUAAAAGAGAAUAUUAA